GAACAAGUCACUCAGGACCUCAUAUCUGAACAGACAGCUAAUAAACUCAGAAAUCACAAUGGGACUGCUUGAGUUUAUUAAGGAUUAUUUUCUUGGUUUCUGGGACUAUGAGACCCCCAAGGUAAUGGUGGUUAAAAACAAAAAACUUGGAGUCAUAUAUAGGGGGGUUCAAUUUCUUGUGAUCACCUAUUUCAUCUGGUAUGUCUUUAUCAGUCAGAAAGCCUAUCAGGACAGUGAGACGAGGCCAGAGAGCUCAGUCUACACUAAGAUGAAAGGCACAGCCCUGCAGGGUGACCACAUCCUGGACAUGGUGGAAUACGUCCGACCCUCAGAGGGCGGUGACGUGAUCAGCACAAUACUGAGACGAGAGGUCACACACAAUCAGAGGCAAGGCACGUGUGCUGAGCAUUUCACUGUUCCCAGUGCCAACUGCUCAAAGGAUGCUGACUGCACCUCAAGGGAAGUGAACUUUGAUGGCAAUGGACAGAGAACUGGGCGCUGUGUUCCCUACUACAACCAGGCUUUCAAGACCUGUGAGAUUCAGACCUGGUGUCCUAUUGAGGACUAUGCUGCAAUAUGGGAGCCGGCAUUGGCAGAGGCCAUCAAUUUCACUGUUUACAUCAAGAAUGCCAUCCAUUUCCCCAAAUUUAAAGUGCUGAGAGGAAACAUCAAACCAAACAAACGAAAUGGGCAGAAAUAUCUGAAUAAGUGUCAUUACAAUGAGAAGGAACACCCCUACUGCCCCAUCUUCCGGCUGGGCUAUAUCGCAGAACAGGCCAGGGAGAAGUUCAGCGAGCUCUGCAGGACUGGGGGAGUGAUUGGAGUGUUCAUCAACUGGAAGUGUGACCUUGAUCUGGACCCCUCAGAGUGUACCCCCACGUACUCCUUCCGUCGCCUGGAUCUUCGGAAGAACCUGCCCAGCUCUGGCUACAACUUCAGGUUUGCCAAGUAUUACAGUAAGGACGGAGAAGAGUUCCGGACACUUAUCAAGGCCUUCGGGAUUCGUCUGGACGUCAUAGUUCAUGGACACGCUGGACGAUUCAGCAUCAUCCCAACUAUCAUCAACACAGUGACAGCCAUGACAUCUGUUGGAAUAUGUUCCAUUAUCUGUGACUGGAUCAUGCUCACGUUCAUUGACAAGAACGAUAUCUACAGUGACAGAAAGUUUGAUGAUGACAGUAAAGUUCCCAGCCCCGGCCAGCUCCUCACAGUUCCCACAGAAUUCACCAUCAGCUAUGGCUCCAACCACUCAGACCUGUCAGAGGGAGUGGCCCUGUGAUGUCCUGCUGCUACAGUGCUAUUUGGCCACAUGCAUGGAGGAUGCUAUUCCUCAGACACCUGACUGUUGGACGGACAGACACACAGACAGACAGACAGGACGGCCUUUCCCCCAAUCGGUCUCAGACGUCCGCAGAAAGGCCUCUGACGGGUCCACCUCUGCGGAAUUGAACUGAAAGACAGCCAAGACUUGAUGGGUUAGUGUCAAUUCCAUGUCAAUUCCUGUUGGUUCAGGAAUUGAAUUAUACACCAAUAAAUAAAUUCCAUGUCCAGUUCAAUUGACAGGGACUGAAAUUAUACUGUUAAACCCAAUCUCAAAUGAUUGCAAAUUGUUUGAAUUGAACACAAGAAAAAUAAACCAAAUCAUUUACAGCAAUCAGCUAAACAUGUUGGAGGAAAUUUUUACUGAGAACCCUCUUUCCACAGUCUAACCCGAACCAAGUCAAUAACUGUAUACUGUAAUCUAUAUAUGCAAACAUAACAAUAAAUGUCUAACCAAC